UUAAGAUGUGGCCGCAGCAGACCUUGAGUUAGAGGAGAGAGCAAAGGCCCUGGAAGAACAGCUGAAGCAGAAAAUAGAGCAGGCAAAAAAAAAAAAAGAUCGAAGAGUUUUCAACUCCGAGACCCGGGUUAGCCACACAGGAGCAGCUCACAUCUUUGCUACAAGCGACCAAAACCUCUUUCUUCAGCUGAAUCCGUGAGAAGAGCUAGAAUGAGGACACCAGUCAUCUCAGCUGCCCUUUUUCUUUUGGUGCUAGACCUGUCAUGGGCUCAGAACCCGUUAAAGAAGCAUCCGGUUCCACCGAAAGCGACGAAGAUGCAGUGCUGUGAUGAUGUGCGAGCCUUGAAGGUGCAGGUGGCCAACCUCACCAGCCUGCUGGAGGAGCUGAGCAAGAAGCAGGAGUCGGAUCGGAUCACCUUGGUGAAGCAAGUGAUGGAGCUGGAAAAACUCAACCAGCAACAAGAAGCCAGAGUAACCGAAGCAGAAAGCAAGUAUUCAGAGAUCAACAACCGUGUGGACAUUAUGCAGUUUCAAGCCAUGCAGGGUGCCCCGCAAACUACCUCAGAUGCAAUCUAUGACUGUGCAUCACUGUACAACAGGAACUACCGAAUUUCUGGGCUUUACAAAUUGCCCAAAGAUGAUUUUCUGGGAACACCUGAACUGGAGGUGUUCUGCGAUAUGGAGAAAAAUGGAGGUGGAUGGACAGUCAUUCAGAGACGCAGAGUAGGUCUGACCAGCUUCGACCGGGACUGGAAGCAGUACAAGAAAGGCUUUGGUACAAUCAAUGGGGACUUCUGGCUUGGCAAUGAGAACAUCUUUCGUCUGACCCGGCAGCCCACAGUUCUCCGGAUAGAGCUGGAGGACUGGGAGGGAGCAAUACGCUACGCUGAGUAUGGUUUCUUCACGUUGAGCAAUGAGCUGAACAGCUACAAGCUCUUCAUCGCCAACUACACUGGGAAUGCUGGGGACUCACUCCGCUACCACAACAACACCAACUUCAGCACCAAGAACAAGGACAAUGACAAGUGCGUGGACGACUGUGCCCAACUUCGCAAAGGUGGCUACUGGUACAACUGCUGCACAGACUCGAACCUGAACGGUGUGUUCUAUCGCAAUGGGAUGCACACCAAGAACACGGAUGGCAUCACUUGGUAUGGCUGGCAUGGACCAAACUACUCCCUCAAACGGGUGGAGAUGAAGAUCCGACCCCAGAGCUUCAGUCCUUAAAGUUAAAUUAACUGCCAUUGCUUUCAAUAACCACAUGCAAACCUUAUGCAAUACACACAAACGCCUUCUGCCUUUACCUGGGUUAAAAAAAAAAAAAAAAAAACAUCUUUAUGCAUUUUCCUUACAGAAUGUUUCUGAAUUGAAUGUGUGAUGAGUGAUGAGUGAUGGAUGAUUGUAAAGUGCUGUUGUUUUGAUAUUUAUCUCAGAUAUUUUAUUUUCUUUAAGCUUUUCUUUUCAGAUUGUCCUAUUGAACAACGAG